AUGACCCAGCAGACGCCUCGACGCGCGCGGCACACCCGCCACCCGUCGUCCAGCUUGAUACCCGCAGUCUCCGACUACGAGUCCGACGCCGCCGCCGCCGCCGCCAUCCAGGCCGCCUACGCGCCGCCGCCGCCGCGCACAAACACCGAGCUGAACGUCUCCGUCCUGCAGCGGUACCUGCCCUCCGUGCAAGCCAUCCUCUCCAUCGCCGCCAACGCCGUGGUCUACGCGUUCGACCCCGACGCCUCCAGCUGGGACAAGUCCGGCAUAGAAGGCACGCUGUUUGUCUGCACGCAGUCGCCCGUCCCCGGGACCCGCCAGCCGAGGGCGUGCGUGUUCGUCCUGAACCGCCGGGCGCUGGACAACCUGAUUGUGGACCUGGCGCGCGUGAGCCACGUCGAGAUCUCGGGCGAGCUGGUCAUGCUCAAGGUGGAUGAUGGCGGCUGGCAGCAGGGCGACAAGGUGGUGGGCCUUUGGAUACACAACGACGAGGACGAUACGAGGCAGAUCAACGGCGCAAUGAUACAAGAGACUUGGAAAGUCGCCAGAUCGACGGGACCCCUUGACGAGAAACAAGGGCCAGAGGCUGCACCUGACGCUGCAUCUGACGCUGGCGCUGGCACGAAAGCUGUCGGGAAGAGAGUGUCGAUGAGAGACUUGUUUGCAGCGCAGCAUGGCACAUAA